CACACACAACACCCCUUCUCUCUCUCUCUCUCUUUCCCGUUAACUGUUGCUUUCCUGACUCGUGGAAAUGGCAGAGGAACCCAAUUCUAAAUGGGAAGGGAAAGCCUGCGUUGAGAUCCCAAAUACAGAUACAGAGCAAGCUUGGCAUCUCCUUGAGGAUUUCUGCAACCUUCACAAAUUGAUGCCCAUUGACACUUGCUACCAAGCUGACGGCUCUCCUGGUCAGCCUGGUCUCGUCCGAUACUGUGCUUCCACCGUUCAAGGCCAGGGCGAAGCUGAGCCCACCGUCAAGUGGGCCAAAGAGAAACUACUCGCCUUGGAUCCCAUCCAACGUUGUUUGACCUACCAGAUUAUCGAUAACAACAUCGGAUUCAAGUCCUAUGUGUCCACAAUCAAGGUGUUGCCCAUGGAGGCUGACGGUGGCUUGCAGGGAUGCAAGAUCGAAUGGUCGUUUGUAAGCGAUCCGGUGGAAGGGUGGGCAUUUCAAGAUUUGAUCUCUUAUAUUGAUUCUUCUCUUCACCACAUGGCCAACAAGAUGCAGCAAGCAUGCCCUGCUAACUCGUAAUCAGUCCGACUUGACGGCCGCUCAGUUAUAAAGUGUUUAUCGGCUUGCGCUGAUAUCUUAAUUAUUGUUUUUUACUUGUAGUUUUAUUAUUUUCUCAGGACUAUUGGCUUCCUUUUUGUUGCAAUUAUUGUUCUCGUCAAUUAUCACUAUCCGUUACCAAGUUAGAAAA